AUGGCUGGCCUUUUGCGCCCGCACGGUGCGUGCGUUCCGCUUUUCCUUCCCCGGUACCCCACCCCCACCUUGAGAGAUUCUGUCAGCGUUCAGGUAGCCACUCGAGUGACACGUGUCGUUCAUCGAGCAGCUCGGAUCGACGGUGCAAAAGGUCCCGAAGGCAGCAGCGAAGUAGGGGGCUACCAGACACAGCAUGUAGCCGGCUCAAGCGCAGGCGGGAAGAAACCUAGAAUUGGUGACGCGGGAUUGGCGGGCAGAGGAGGCAGGGAUGCAGCAGCCGCAGCAGCAUCAUCCGCAGCUGACAAUGGUGAAGCAGCGCGCCGAGCAGAGUCGUUGCGAGAGGGUGGGGUUUCAGAACUGGCUCAACCAAGUGAAGAGCAGAGCAGAUCGGAAGAUCGAGGAGCAUCUGAACGGGCGGAGCGAGGCAGCACAACCGCGAGAGGCAAACCCCCUUCGAAAAAACCACCAGAAAAGCCGCUCACCAGCAGGGGCGGCGGCGGCCAUGCUCGCGGGAGCACAGGCGGAGGCGGUGGCGGCACAGGGCGCGAGGGCAGGGGGAAGAAGGGCAAGGCGCGGAUCGACCCGGUGGGGAUCGUGGCGAGCGACCCGUCGCUGAAGGCGUUUGAGGGCGAGCUGCGCACGCGGUACAAGCGACUCAAGGACCUGCGGCAGUUCAUCGAAGAAGAGGACGAGGACCUGCUCGAACUCGCCAACGCGCACAAGAUGAUGGGGCUGCACCGCCACCCGUGGCACUGCAUCGAGCUCUAUGAAUGGGCGCCAGGCGCAACCCGCUGUGCCCUAGUAGGCUCAUUCAACAACUGGGACGGCACGGAAGCCAUGUCAGAAAAGGGCCCAGCAGGCUGCGACGAGCUGGGCGUGCACCGCGUGGUGCUGCAGGACCGCCUGCGCGCCGGCCAGCAGCCCGACCCGUUCGGGCAGGAGUAUAACUAUGAUGUGGAAACGGAUAGUGGCGAUAGGGACCUGGACUGGGAGGGGCUGUAUAGGGCCGCCCAGGAGGGGUACUGGGAGGAGGGCGAGGAUCAUCUGAUGCAUGAAUAUGUGGAUCCGGAUUUGGAGGAGGAGGAGGAGGAGGAGGAGGAGGGGGGAGGGGAGAGGGGUAAACAGCAUGUGCGGGGCAAGGAAUGGGUUGAGAAGGUGAGGGCGGCAGGGGCGUACAAGGGGUGGGUGAACGGGCCGAUGCACUUAAGUGAAGCACAGCAGCAGGAGCAGGACGGGCAGACAGCUCAAAACCCCACUCGCAGGCAGCAGGCAAAGGCAUCCGGCGCAGGCAGCAGCAAAUCCGGCAAGUCAGGCAAGCUACCGCCCAUAGCAGUGCCGUACGCAGGCAGUGAGGGCGUGGGAGUGGGCGACUGGGAGCUGUUUAAAGACCCCGCAUGGGCAGCCUACGUGGAGAACAAACAGUUGCCGUACCCGUACUGGCUGGCGGAGAGGAAGGGGCGUGCAGCGUGGGCGCGGAAGUAUGAAGCGGCUGUGAGGCAUGGGGACAGGUGGCGGGUGCAGCUGAGCACAGCUCAAGGCGUGCUGCAACGCGUGUCUGCUUGGGCCACGUUUGUUGCUCCAGAGAGUCAGGGCUGUGUGGUGCGUGGCAGCAGGUGUGAUGUGAUGCUACUGGGUGCUCUCCUCAUACGCUGGAUCGCCAUGUGUGAUGUCCCAAUCGCUUGGUUCAGAAUCCAGAUGAGUGUUUCUUUCGCAUCAUACUUAUUGCAUCAUGUGCUCAUCAUGUUCUCAUCACGUGCUCAUCACGUGCUCAUCACGUGCUCAUCAUGUGCUCAUCAUGUGCUCAUCACGUGCUCAUCAUGUGCUCAUCACGUGCUCAUCAUGUGCUCAUCAUGUGCUCAUCAUGUGCUGCCGCGCAUCAAGGCGGCGGGGUACAAUGCGGUGCUGCUGCUGGGCAUCAUGGAGCACCCCGACUAUGCAUCGCUGGGCUUCAAGGUGUCGAGUCCCUUUGCAGUGAGCAGCCGCUUUGGCUCUCCGGAUGCUUUCAAACGACUCGUCGACACGGCACAUGGCAUGGGGCUGCUGGUGAUGAUGAGUGUGGUGCACUCACAGGUGGGGUCAUACGAGGCCUUUGGUCUGCUCAACUUCGACGGCCAAGCCAACUCCUUCAUCCGCCCAGGCAAGAGAGGGUACCACAAGCGGGUGGGCACGCGCAUUCCGGACUUCAGCAACUAUGAGGUCAAGCGCUACCUGCUCUCCAACCUGCGCUGGUGGGCGGAGGAGUAUCGGUUGGACGGCAUGCUAUUCCACUCGCUGCCAUCCAUGAUCUACUUCCACAAUGGAUACUCCGACUUCGACCGAGGGGUGGAGGAGUUCUUCGGAGCAGCAGUGGACGAGGAUGCAUUGGCAUACCUGGUACUGGCGAACGACUUGCUGCACCAGCUCAACCCCGCCUUCCUCACCAUCGCCCACGACGCGACAGUGUACCCGGGGUUGUGUGCCCCCACACAUCAGGGCGGGCUGGGGUUUGACCUGCGGCUGAAUGGUGCACCCAUGGAGAUGUGGCCGUGGCUGCUGCACCAUGCAUGGGAGGGGGGGGAGGCCGUGCCGGGGCAGGCGCACCUGGAGGAGUGGAGCAUGGAAGAGAUGAUGCUCACAUUGCUGCAGCAGGGCUGUGGGGAGCGCACCCUCGUGUGCGCUGAGGGCCACUUGCAGGCAGUAGCGGGAGAGCCUCUAGCGCACACAUUGAUAGGCCGAUACAUGCCCGAUGACCAGGAGCUGCCACCCGCACCACACUCGUCAUCUUCAUUCUCAGCACCAUCAACAGCAUCGCCAACAGCAAUAGCACCCACACCCGCAUCCGCACCCGCAGCAACGGCGUGGUACCAGCUACCUCAAGUGCACCGCGGCGUGGCUCUCUACAAAUUGAUUCGGCUGAUAACGCUGUCAGCAGGGGGGGAUGCAUACAUGUCGUUCAUGGGGAAUGAGUUCGCCCACCCGCAUCGCCUGCAUCUGACAUCAAGGCCGCAUGAGGGCUCGUCGCAGUGCUGCUGGCACCUGCAGGAGGACGCUCACAGCCCCUUCGCCCACGUAGCUGCGUUCGAUAAGGCGGUGAUGGCGCUGGACGAGAGGGAGGGAGUGUUGGCACUGGAGAAGCCUCACAUGCGCCAUGUCAGCGAGGAGCACCGGGUGGUGUGCUUCACACGCGGACCGCUGCUCUUCCUCUUCAACUUCCACCCCACGCGCUGCUUUGCCUCCUUCUCCAUCGCCCUGCCUCGUGCCAGCGAGUACACUCUACUGCUGGACUCAGAAGCUCGGGAGUAUGGGGGGGGAAACCACGCGCACGGCAUCCAGGCACUGCCCACAGUGCUAGCCACACCCAUGCCACUGCCUGCCCACUCGCAAGUAUACCGCAGGGGAGCCACAGCGUCCUUCGCACUGCCUGCUCUUACUGCUCAGGUGUAUCGCCUUGACAGGAUCUGGGAGGGCAGCCCUGGCUCUGUUCCCUCAGAGACUUCGACCCCGCGAUCCGCCAAGAUGAAUGCGCCAGAUCGCUACGAGCGCUUCGUGCUCCCCGAUGGCAUGAAAAAAGUAUCGUACGAGCGCGACACCAAGGUGUUGAACGCGGCGACGCUGGUGAUUCAGAGGGAGGACCACACCAUCGGCAACCUGCUGCGCAUGCAGCUACACAGAGACCCGCAUGUGCUCUUUGUGGGGUACCGCAUUCCUCACCCGCUCAAGUAUGAAGUGCAGUUCAAGGUUCGUCUGCACCUCCGCGCACUCUUGCCUCUCUUCCUCCUCUCGCCUCACUUCCUCCUCUCGCCUCUUUUCCUCCUCUCGCCCCUCUUCCUCCUCUCGCCUCUCUUCCUCCUCUCGCCUCUCUUCCUCCUCUCGCCUCUCUUCCUCCUCUCGCCUCUCUUCCUCCUCUCGCCUCUCUUCCUCCUCUCGCCUCUCUUCCUCCUCUCGCCUCUCUUCCUCCUCUCGCCUCUCUUCCUCCUCUCGCCUCUCUUCCUCCUCUCGCCUCUCUUCCUCCUCUCGCCUCUCUUCCUCAUCUCGCCUCUCUUCCUCCUCUCGCCUCUCUUCCUCCUCUCGCCUCUCUUCCUCCUCUCGCCUCUCUUCCUCCCCUCGCCUCUCUUCCUCCUCUCGCCUCUCUUCCUCCUCUCGCCUCUCUUCCUCCUCUCGCCUCUCUUCCUUCUCUCGUCUCUCUUCCUCCUCUCGCCUCUCUUCCUCCUCUCACCUCUCAUCCUCCUCUCGCCUCUCUUCUUCCUCUCGCUCCUUACACUGCCUCUGUCAUUACCCCAUCCAAACUACGAGCCAGUCGUCUCCCCAGCAGGCGUACAACACAGCCCUCACGGCCCUCGACGGAGAAAUGCUGCAACUCAAGGCUUCCUUUCAAGAGGCAGUGAAGCAAUGUCGUGA